AUGCAAUCCAAAUCAGUGCUGGCGACGAUACUAACCCUGGCGGCUGCCGGGGUUGCUAGCUCCGCACCCCUCGACUCUCCCAGCACGUCCACUGGCCUCGCCAGGCGAUGGCUCCCAAGCACGGACAAGAUCCGCGGCGUCAAUCUUGGAUCGCAAUUUAUCAUUGAACCCUGGAUGGCGUGGGACGAAUGGAACAGCAUGGGCUGUGGGAAUAGGAAUGAUGAAUGGCAGUGUGUGGAGGCGCUGGGCCAGGACGCCGCCGACGCAGCCUUCCGCAGGCACUGGGAUACCUGGACGACGCAAGACGACAUAUGGCAGAUCAAGAGCCUGGGCCUCAACACGGUGCGCAUCCCGGUGGGAUUCUGGAUCUACGAGAGACUCGUGAAGGCAGACGAGCACUUCCCGCGGGGUGGCCUCGCGUAUCUCGACCGGCUCGUCGGCUGGUGUCGUGACGCGGGUCUGUACGUGAUCAUGGACCUGCACGCCGGGCCCGGGGGCCAGACGACACGCCAGCAGUUCACCGGCCACAGCGUCGACUACCCGGGCUUCUACACCCAGGAGAACUACGAGCGCACGUACCAGUUCCUCGAAUGGAUGGCCGAGCGGAUCCACACCAACGACAACUACCGCACCGUCGGCACCCUGCAGGUCAUGAACGAGCCCGUUCACUCGAGCGAGUAUCCCGACCUGGCCGCCAAUAUGGUCGCCAACUUCUAUCCCGGCGCCUGGACACGCAUCCGAGACCGGGAGAGGCAGCUGGGCGUCGCUGACAACGAACGUCUGCACAUACAGAUGAUGGGCAUCGCGUGGGGCUCCGGAAACCCGAGCAGCCACCUCCCGGACACGAGUCUUGCGCUGUACGACGACCACCGUUACUACAAGUGGGACCCGUCGGUAACGACAACGAAGGACGGGUACAUCUCGGCGGUGUGCCGGGACUACCGGGGCGGCAGCGACAUCAUCAUGGGCGAGUGGUCGCUCGCGGUGGCCGACUCGGUGCAGUCCAACGGCGAGUUCGAGAUCCGCGGCCGCCCCGACCAGGUCGCCUGGUACCGCAAGUACUGGGCCGCGCAGGCCCAGGCCUUCGAGCGCUCCGGCGGCUGGGUCUUCUGGACCUGGAAGUGCAACUGGAUCGGCGGCUUCGACGAGUGGCGCUGGUGCUAUCAGUCCGCCGUCGCUGCCGGUGUCAUCCCCCGCGACGCGGGCAGCGCCUCUCAGGAAAGCCCUUGCUAA